AUGCAUGCAAAUGCCACUCGCGUCUUCCCUCGCUCACUACUCUCAUUCACGCUUUAUUUUUCCUCCUACCGUAUUUCAUCCUUUACUGCUACCGACGUGUCAGGCACAUAUACGCACGAUCAUCCGUGGCCCACUGAAGAGGCGGGGAAAACAAAUCGCAACAGCAAGAGGGAAAAAAUAAAUUAA